AUGACAAGUUAUGUACCGGUGUACAAUUCAGAUGAAGGUUCUACUAAUUAACCUAAAAUUAUCAAAUAGUUAGACAUUUAUGAUAAACUUGAAUAAUGGGGGGAAUGGCUAUGGCUGAAAUUUUAGGCUUUGCUCUGGAUUUCAGCAGCGGUGUCUAUAAUUUAUUAUUCAAACUUUUUUAAAUAAUUGUUUCAUAAUGAAAAUAUCAAUGAACUUUUUUUUACAUAAGCAUUAUUAUUUAUUGGCAUGAGCAUUAGUUUAUCAUUAUAUGUUGCAUUUUAUUUACCAUUUAUAAAGGGUGUAACUGAGAACAUCGAAAAAUACAACCCAAAAGCAAUAUAAUUGGGAGCUUUUGCUGGGUUUAUGAGUUUCAUAACACUAACAAUUGCAAUUUGGCCUAUAUUUGGAUGGUGGAGUUUUCCUAUGUUAAUUGCAAUGUUUCUGGGUUUCAUUAAUACAAGCCACUUUUUACCUAAUCAUUAAGUAAGCGGUUUGCUUUUUGGAGCUAUUUUCAUAGGUGCAUUUUUCUCACAUUACUACAUAGAUCAUGAUGGUUUUAUGCAUUGA